AUGUCACAGGACUGCAACGAUGAGUGGGAGCUGAGCAAAGAGAACGUGCAGCCCCUCCGGCAAGGGCGUGUCAUGGCCACCUUGCAGGAAGCACUGGCUCAGCGGGAGACGUCCACCCACACCGCGGUUCCACUCAAAAAGCAGGAGUUUGAAUCAGAAAUCCGAUUUUACUCUGGAGAUGAUCCACUGGAUGUCUGGGACCGGUACAUCAAGUGGACAGAGCAAACCUUCCCACAAGGUGGAAAGGAGAGUAAUCUCGCAGCAAUAUUGGAAAGGGCAGUGAAAGCACUCAAUGCACAGCAGCGAUACUACAAAGAUCCCCGCUAUCUUAAUCUCUGGCUCAAGUUUGGAGAUUGUUGUAAUGAGCCCUUGGAUCUGUACAGUUACCUACAUAGCCAGGAAAUUGGCACAACCCUGGCACUCCUCUACAUCACAUGGGCAGAAGUACUUGAGGCUAGAGGAAGUUUUAAGAAAGCAGAUCUGAUAUUCCAGGAAGGUCUUCAGCGCAAGGCUGAGCCUUUGGACAAACUCCAGUCCCAUCACAGGCAGUUUCAGGCACGUGUUUCUCGGCAGGCACUACUGGGGCUUGAGGAGGCUCCUGAUGAAGAAGAUACGGGUCUUCUGGGAUCUGCAGAACCUCAGAGAAGCUCAUUGGCAGAUCUAAAAGGCAGGGGGAAGAAAAAAAUGAUAGCCCCAAUUAGUCGAGUAGGAGAUGCACUUAAAGCCACAAACCAAAACAGAAGCUUCCAGACUCUAACUUCUCAACAGCUUGCAAAUAAUCCAGGUUUUGCUGUGUUUGAUGAAAAUUCAGCUUCCAGACCUGAGAUUCCCGUACUUACACCACAGCCAUGGACAGCACCUCCACCUCCGAGGGCCAAGGAGAAUGAGCUAAGCGCAGGGCCUUGGAACUCUGGCAGGCGUCCUCGCAGUAGUGCAAAUUCUGGUAUAGAAGUGCCCUGCCCACUGCCUAAUUUCACCCCAUAUGUGGAAGAGUCAGCUCAGCAACAAGUCAUGACUCCCUGCAGAAUUGAGCCCAGCAUAAGCCGUGUUUUAAGUGCUCGCAAACCUGAGAAAGAGGAGGACCCACUACGGCGAGUGCAAAAUUAUCAGCAGGAUACUCAAGAAAAGAAAGAGGUAGUGAUGUACUGUAAAGAUAAAGUUUACGCUGGAGUCGAAGAGUUUUCUUUGGAAGAGAUCCGAGCUGAAAUCUACAGAAAGAAAGCAAAAAAGAAAACUGAAGAGGAGAUGCAGGCCAUAGCACAGCAGAAGGAAGAAAUACAAAGGAAAAUUGAGGAGCUGGAGAAGAAAUUGAAGAAAGAAGAAGAUGACAAGCAGCAACGACUGCAUGAACAGCCAACAGAGACACCAGAAGAUUUGCCACCUUUAGGACUGCAAGGAUUUACUCUUUCCAGUGCAACAGAAGCUGGAGAGAAACAGCCUCAGUUGCAAAGUGAAUUCCAGGUCUCUGAAGAUACUCAACUACAUAAACCAUCUUGUUCUGAGGAUGUAGGUUUCCUUCCCCCACCGAAUCCUGCUAUGUUUUUCUCCAUAUUUGAUGAAUCCUCUGCUUUGGCAAAUCAGAAUAUAAGUUGUUCUGCAGAUCAUACACAGAAAAGUGCUCGACGCCCUCUUGCUGUUCGUAAACCUUCAGAUUCUCUAACUGCAAAGGAAAAUGUAACACCAGAAGCCUGUGAUGAGCUGAAUGGAAUUGAACCUUUGACUGAAGAUGCAAUUGUGACAGGCUCCUACAAGAACAAAUCCCUUUGUGCCAACCCAGAAGACACGUGUGACUUUGUUAGGGCUGCCCAUCUGGCCUCAACGCCCUUCCAUGGCGUGGCAGCUCAGAGAGUCCCAGCUCCCGCUUUUUCACAGAGUAUCCUGAAGGAAGACUGUCCAGAAUCCAAGAGCACACCUCUGAAUCAGCAAACGCUGGUUUGUGAGGGAGUGUACAAUGAAGCUCUUUGUGUAAAUAAACUGAGCCCCAUCAUGGAAGCAAGCCUGGAAGAUACUCGCUCGUCAGGUUCUUCUGUCUCCUCAGGAUCUUCCCUUUCCUCUGUUACACAAGUAUCUACUAUUAAAUACCUGCACAUUCCUGAGAAACUGGAACUUGCUCAGAGCCUGCCUGCUGAAACCAUUACUGAUUCUGGAGGUAUCAGUGCAACCGUUACUGGUGAUGAUGUAACUCAGUUCUUGUGGAGCGCUGAACAGCGUAAAAAGCUUUUGGAUCCUGUGCCAGAAUCAUUGACUGCUUCUCCAAAUUUUCUUUUGGAGGCUGGUGCUCUGCCUGUCAUGGAGUUUGAGAAAGACGUUGAGCUAGGAAAUGAGACUUACUCUAUCAAAUGGGAAUACUGGACCAAGGAAGAAUACAAGAUGUUUUUUGCCAUUCCAGCUAACUUUCCCCAGCUGGAUGCAAAGGGAUUUGCAAUAAAGGUGUAUUCUCAGCCUGUGCCUUGGGAUUUUUAUAUCACACUUCAGUUACAGGAGCGUUUGAAUACUGAUUUUGACCAAAGCUUCAGUGAGAACUGCAGCUGUUACUUGUAUCAAGAUGGCUGUGCUAUUUUGCACAGGGAUGUAAAUCGCUUCACGCUUGGGGAUGUUAUUCGUGGCUGUAAGUCCAUCGCAGAGGAGGUUAUCCUACUGGUUGUUUAUAAUCUUCUGGGUGUGGUAGAGAAGCUCCACAAAGCGGAGAUUGUCCAUGGAGACCUGAGUCCAGAGGUGUUCUUUCUGGGAGACAGGAUCUGUGAUCCAUUUGCUAAUGAUGAGAUGACAAGAGCUCUGAAGAUAGUGGAUUUCUCUCACAGUCUAGAUUUGAGAUUACAGUCUCAAGUAAGUUUGCCCAACAGCUUUCCCAUAUCUCAGACUGCUCAUGGACAACAGCUUCUGGCAAAAAGUUCUCUUCCUUAUCAGGUAGACUUGGUUGGCAUUGCAGAUAUAGUCCAUUUGAUGCUGUUUGGGAAUCAUGUCCAGGUCUAUCAAGAAAAUUCCAUCUGGAAAAUCAGCCAAAAUGUAUCAAAGACUGUUGACAGUGAUUUCUGGAGUAAACUUUUUGGGAGAAUUCUGAAUGCAGAUGGUAAGUCCACAGUGCCUCUGCUGAGGGAGUUAAGAGAGGAAAUAUGUGACAUGUUUGACAGCCGUUUCCAAGAACGUCUUUGUGAAUCCUUAGCUGCACUGGGAGAAACUUUCCUCUUGGAGAACUUCCUGUGAUUUCACAGAGGACAAAUACAGUUUGUAUUAUAGAGAGGAAUUUUUUGUUAACUUUUUAUUUAUUUUUUUUUUUCAAAUGUAAGCAUGAACAGUGAUUGUAGCUGUUUCUGCAAUUCUUCACA